CUCGCGAUAUCUGGAUGUAAACAAAGCUAAACGGGCCCAGGCUGCGUUCUGUUCUCUCAACCUAGUCUGAGCAGUGAGCGGGUGCAAGCGGCAAUCAGGGCCUCGAUAUCCCGCCCACUGCUCCACAGCGAGGAGUGCGAUUGGGUGACAGGAUGGAGGAGCCUGCCUCUCCCGCCUGGUGAUUGGCUGUUGGCGUAAGCGUGUGCCAGGUGUCAGUUCCCGAGAGGGUCCCAAACACUGUCAGUGAGGAGCCAGGGCGAAGGAGCAACGCAGCAGAUUGCUAAUUGGAUGAUAGAAACUGUUGGGGGCGUGAUUAGGACCUGUCAUAAUUACUGGUGUCUGGUCAAUGCCUUUUGCCCUGUAUCUGCAGAGCAACGAUGGCAACAGAAUCUCCUCGUCGCCCUAGCCGAUGUACGGGGGGAGUUGUGGUUCGCCCACAGGCUGUCACGGAACAGUCAUAUAUGGAAAGUGUUGUUACAUUUCUUCAAGAUGUUGUGCCACAGGCCUACAGUGGUACUCCACCAACAGAAGAAAAAGAAAAAAUAAUAUGGGUCAGAUUUGAAAAUGCAGACUUAAAUGAUACAGCAAGGAAUAUGGAGUUUCAUGAGAUACAUAGCACUGGCAAUGAACCACCUUUGCUGCUAAUGAUUGGGUACAGUGAUGGAAUACAGAUCUGGAGCAUACCCAUCAGUGGUGAAGCCCAGGAACUCUUUUCUGUUCGACACGGCCCAGUUCGAGCUGCACGAGUCUUGCCCACUCCACAAAUCAGCCCUCAGAAAUGUGAUAAUUUUUCUGAGAAGAGACCUCUUCUUGGUGUGUGUAAAAGCAUUGGAUCUUCUGGCACAAGCCCACCUUAUUGCUGUGUGGACCUUUACUCUUUGCGAACAGGAGAGAUGGUCAAAUCCAUACAGUUCAAAACUCCUAUUUAUGAUCUGCAUUGCAACAAAAGGAUACUUGUUGUCGUCUUGCAAGAGAAAAUUGCUGCCUUCGACAGCUGUACAUUCACAAAAAAAUUCUUCGUUACAAGCUGCUAUCCUUGUCCGGGGCCAAACAUGAAUCCCAUUGCUCUUGGGACUCGUUGGCUUGCUUAUGCAGAAAAUAAGCUGAUCCGGAGCCAUCAGUCCCGUGGUGGAGCCUGUGGAGACAACAUUCAGUCUUACACUGCCACAGUCAUUAGUGCUGCCAAAACGAUAAAGACUGGACUUACAAUGGUUGGGAAAGUGGUUACACAGCUGACAGGGACAUUGCCUUCAGGAGCAACUGAAGAAGAGAUUUUAGUUCAUAGCAAUACUCGUCGAAGUCCUCUGGUGCCUGGGAUCAUCACUGUUAUUGAUACCGAGACAGUUGGAGAAGGGCAGGUGAUUGUUAGCGAGGAGUCUGAUAGUAAUGGUAUUGUGGCCCACUUCCCUGCCCAUGAAAAGCCUAUUUGCUGCAUGGCUUUUAACCCCAGUGGGAUGCUACUGGUCACUACUGACACGCUAGGCCAUGAUUUCCAUGUUUUUCAAGUACUGACACAUCCUUGGUCGUCAUCACAAAGUGCUGUACAUCAUUUGUAUACACUUCACAGGGGAGAGACCGAAGCCAAAGUACAAGAUAUCUCUUUCAGCCAUGACUGUCGUUGGGUGGUGGUCAGCACUCUUCGUGGCACUUCCCACGUCUUCCCCAUCAAUCCUUAUGGUGGUCAGCCCUGUGUCCGCACUCACAUGUCGCCCCGGGUGGUAAACCGAAUGAGCCGUUUCCAGAAGAGUGCAGGGUUGGAGGAGAUUGAGCAGGAGCUGACAUCUAAACAAGGAGGCCGCUGUAGCCCUGUCUCAGGCCUGUCAAGUAGUCCAUCUGGCUCACCUCUUCAUGGUAAACUGAAUAACCAGGAUACCUACAAUAAUUUCACUAACAAUAAUCCUGGGAACCCACGACUCUUGCCUCUUCCAAGUUUGACUGUGGUGGUACCUCUUGCACAAAUCAAACAGCCAAUGACCUUAGGAACCAUCACCAAACGCACAGGACCUUACCUGUUUGGAGCAGGAUGUUUUUCCAUAAAAGCUCCUUGCAAAACCAAACCAGCUCCACAGAUUUCACCUAGUAAAUCUGUGGGAGGAGAGUUUUGUGUUGCUGCAGUCUUUGGCUCGUCAAGAUCCUGGUUUGCAAACAAUCCGGGUCUAAAAAGAGAAAAAGAUCAAUCAAAACAGUUUGUGGUGGAAUCACUGUAUAUUAUAAGUUGUUAUGGUACCCUGGUAGAACACGUGUUGGAACCACGUCCACUCGGCACUGCUCCGAAGAUCAGUGAUGACACUUCUUUGGAAAUGGUGACCUGUCCGAGAGCCAGCUGGUCAUUGGUUAGAACUCCUCAGUGGAAUGAACUGCAACCACCAUUUAAUGCAAACCAUCCAUUGCUUCUAGCUGCAGAUGCAGUGCAGUAUUAUCAAUAUCUGCUCGCUGGCUUGGUUCCACCUGGGAGUCCUGGACCUAUUACACGACAUGAGUCGUAUGAUAGCUUAGCGUCUGACCAUAGUGGUCAAGAGGAUGAAGAAUGGCUUUCCCAGGUUGAAAUAGUGACUCACACUGGACCUCACAGACGCCUAUGGAUGGGCCCCCAGUUCCAGUUCAAAACGAUUCAUCCCUCAGGUCAAACAACGGUCAUUUCAUCCAGUUCUUCUGUGCUGCAGUCACAUGGUCCAAGUGACACCCCACAGCCUCUUCUGGACUUUGAUACAGAUGACCUUGAUCUCAACAGUCUCAGGAUUCAGCCUGUUCGCUCUGAACCAGUUAGCAUGCCAGGAUCAUCACGUCCGAUUUCUGAUCGGAGAGGAGUUUCAGCGGUGAUCGAUGCUACCUCAGGUGCCUUUGAUCGGAGCGUGACCCUGCUGGAAGUCUGUGGAAGUUGGCCUGAGAGCUUUGGUCUGCGUCACAUGUCUUCCAUUGAGCACACUGAAGAGGGCCUUCGGGAACGGCUGGCUGAUGCAAUGUCUGAAUCACCCAGCGGGGACAUAGUGGGAUCAGGAACAGACACAGCCGUUGAAGUAGCAGUAAAAAACAUCUCCACAGAGAGGCACAUGGCUUUGAAAUGUUUUGAGCUUCAGCGAGAAGGAAGCAUAGAGACUCUCAGUAACAGUUCUGGUUCCACCAGCGGAAGCAUUCCACGCAAUUAUGAUGGUUACAGAUCACCUCUCCCGACAAACGAAAGCCAGCCUUUAAGUCUUUUCCCUACAGGAUUCCCUUAAAUUAGCCAAACAUACGAGGAGGAAUUCAGACAGGCUAGCCCAAUGUCGCUCCAUCUAAACAGUUUUGAUGUGUAUUUCACCCACCAGUUAGCUGCAGUGUUGGAUGGUUCUUGUUACACUAAUAAAUAUUGACGACUCUUGUGCUUAAAGUCUUCUUAAAAUAGAUUGGCAAUUUAUUGGGUUUGUUUUCCUGUGCAAUAUUGAUAAGAAGAGACACUUUCUUCAAUCCUUACAGCUUGUUGGCUUCUUUUUGGUGUGUCCAGGAAGAGACCGUUUAGAGGAGAAAUACUUUUGAAACCAUUUUUUGGCUGAGCCCAUGAUUUUACAACCAUUACCUGCUUUUUCAUGCUUAAAAAAAGGGCACCUGAAUAACUUGAGUGGUGAAUUAGCCAUCCAGCCAGGAAUUCUAGCUGUUUUCAAAAUUGAGGAGCACUGAAGAAUGAACUGAUGGGAGUGAAAACUUGAGGACUGUCUACGAGACAGAUGGUGAAUGGGACUGAUACGUUAUUACUUCGUUUAUGCAUCUCUUUGCUCUCCUCCUUUGGUUCCCUGCUGAUAUUAAUUGAUGGCAGGAGUAUUACAAAUGAAGAAGUUUCUUUUUGUUCUUGGGAAGAAUUAUCUUUAUUGCUCCAGUUUGAUUCUAGUCAUGUAUUUUAGAAAUGUACUUACUUGACUAACAGAAGUCAUAAAUAUCUCAUAGUUAUAAAAAUUGUUCACUGGUACUCUACUAGCUGUCCGAAUGUGCAUGUGUUGUUGAAUAAAAUCUAAAGUUUAAACCAA